AUGCUAGAUCCUGACACUGUAAAUCAGAGGAUGUUGCCUCGAUGUGGCGUUAAAGAUGUUGUGAAUACAACUACAACAAAUUCCGGAUCAUUAGGUCUCCAACUUCAUCAUGUCUCACGCUAUAAAUUCUUUUCAGGAAACCCGAAAUGGCCUCCGGAAAAGUACAAUCUAACCUAUAAUUUCAAAUCGAGCGCCAAUGUUCCAGGCAGCAACGAGGACAUAAGCACUAUUUGUUCAAGGGCAUUUAAAACAUGGAGUGAAGUGACAAAUUUUACUUUUCAGGAAGUUCAGGAAAAUGCUACGGCUAAUAUUAUGAUUAGAUUCCAUCGCGGUGAUCACGGAAACGCUCGACUGUUCGACAGUAAGAGUCUUUUGGUUAAUGCAGCUGCACCUACUGGUGGAAUGUUACACUAUAAUGCGGGCUUGAAAGAUCAGGGACGUGAUUAG